AUGCCGGGGCCGCGGCGACUACUACAACAAGCGAGCUCACUACUACUGGUCGUCGUCGCCUUGAGCGCGACAACAGUCUCAGCCGUACCAGCUAGCCAGCUGUUCCAACGACAGUCAACAUCAACAUGUGCGGCCGAGGGCUUCUCAAAGUGCCCACAGGCCGGCUUGCCCGAUAACUUUUGCUGUCCGACCGACUCGACAUGCAUUCCUUUGGCCGCAAACACCGCGGCUCUUUGCUGCCCAAAUGGACAAGACUGCUCGAUGAUACAACCGAUUUCCUGCGACACUAGCAAGCAGAAUCCACUGAAGAACUCUCAAGCAGGCCUCAAGACAAAUGUUUUUGAUGUGCCUUUGAAGCGGUGUGGUGAUAGAUGCUGUCCAUGGGGUUACUCUUGCAAUACCGAAGGUUAUUGUCAAAAGGAUGCGGAUCAGUCAAAGACGCCCCAAGAGAUGAAUGACAAGCCAUCACCAAGCGUAACGACAACAGCAACCCAAGUGCCAAUUAGCAGUUCUCAAUCCUCCCAGACAACAUCCAAAUCAAUAUUCUCUGUGACUGAGCUUCCUGCAGGAACCGACAAGCCAACAGCAACCAAUAAGCCGACAGCAACCGACAAGCCUACAGAAACCGGCAAGCCUGCAGCAAGUGGUAACCAGUCAGCAGGGAGUGCAAAGCCGGUGGAAAGCGGAAAGCCCGACCAACAAGAUGAUGAUGAUGACGAUGAUGAUGAGGACGGAGGAAGUCCCAAUCUCCUCAUCGCUGGCGUGGUUGCAGGUGUUGUGGUCUUCAUCAUCGGUGGCCUGAUUACCCUCUACCUCUGCAUCCUGAACCGCAGAAACAAAGAAUCCGGAGCUGGAGCCAGUCAACACGGCCAUGGCGAGAAACCCCGCCUGAACCGAUCCACGUCCUCCUUCGGCAACAUCAUCAGCAACCCCAUCGUUGCCGAGGACACCAUCCGAACCGACUUCAACCGCUCAGUCUCCGCCCAAUCGCACCGCGGCCCUGACUCCGACUUUGCAGCAGUAUCAGGCAACGUCAACCCCUUCGAUACUCCCCCUCGCGGGUCUCCAAACCACCACAGCCGCAACAACAGCCGGGCCAAAACCCCGUCCGAGGGACAGGACAGCAGCAUAGCCUAUGGUGGUUACGGACGUAACGUCAGUGGAAACGUUCCCGGCCCAUCAGCCUACACCGGCACCAGCAUCAGCAGCCGCAACAACUCCCCUCCACCAGCAGCAGGCGGUCGACCCGGCUACAGAACACCACCCAUUACCCCCUGGGGCGCAACGAGCGGACAAGAAAGCCCCCGCGAACCUAGCGGAAUCAGCAUCAACGUGUUCGCUGACCCACGAACAUUAACUCCCGAGCGGCUUGCCAAGAGCAAUUCCAAUGCCAACGCCAACGCCAACAACAGCAACACGUACUCCAAAUUCAUUAACAACAACACCAAUUACACCUAUCUUAUUAACACCAAUACUUACAACACCGAUGAUUACGACCCCUUCAAUCCCGAUAACCACCAGGGGCAAUCAACCAGACCAGUGACAACCUUCACGGCAAUGAUGGAGGAGGCCGACUUGGGCGCCGUGGCGAGGGGCGCUAAGUACGUGCCACCUACGCCCAAGACUCCAGCUGGAUUGCUAGGACCAUCGGUACCGGGGGCGGGUAACAUGCCAAAUAGGUUCUAGAAGAUUUUGCUCGUGAGCGAGCUUGCCUAUCCCAUGUGUGUGUGUGUGUGUGUGUGUGUGUGUGUGUGUGU